GGAAUGAGUUUCCUUGAAGUUCCGCUGUGCAGUGCCGGGCUGUGCCAGACUGGGUUGAGCCAGGGCAAGUGCGGGAGUAGGGACUGCGUCCGGGUCAUCGGUGCCGGGGACAGGCGCUGGGGGCAGCCCGUGCCUCGUUAAGGUCCCCGCCCCGUCCCAGCCGGGCCGACUCGCCUGUCAGUCACUGGGGCGGAGGCAGCGGCGGUAGCGGGGCCGGAUCUCCGGCGCAGAGAAGAGAGCUGGGUCGCGGCGGGCAGAGGCGACCUGCUACAGCCCCUCAGCUCUCCGGACUCUUCGCCGCAGACUAGCGAAACUGCGUCCCUGCGCUUCGUUGGACGCCUCGGCAGCCCGCGAAGGGCUCUCUCCUCCGUGACCCCCACCGGUGACCUCUUCUUAGGGGCCCGGAGAGCUCACCCGGACGAGCGUGCUGUGGGGACAGGUUAUCGACCCAGUGACCCCCCCCAGCCCCACCCCCACGGGCCGGGGAUUUGGUUUCCCUUGCAGGCUUCCCUCUGUCCCUCCCUCACCCCCCCUUAUGACUCCCUCCUCACAGAUUCUGGGGUCAGAGCCUUGACUUACUCCUGGAACCCCCCAUCCCUCGCCUGAGAACUCCUGCCUGGCCGCUCCUUCCCCGCAGUCACUCUCCGCGGGCCCCCGAGACUGCCCGCUUUGCUCUCUGGCAAGCUCCCCACUGCCGACCGAGGUGGGGAGGCCUCGGCAGCCAUGCCCGCCCUGGGCUCCCUUUCACACCACCAGUCCCUGGGCACCCAAGCCGGGGUCUAGCAGGGAGCCAGCAGCCAGGGGGCUGGGGCAGGAGGCAGGUCAGGGUUCAGCUCCCUGCUGGGGAGGAAGCAAAGAUGGAGCGGCGAGAGGAGCAGUCGGGGGCUGCAGGGGCUGGAGCAACACCGGCCCUGGACUUCACUGUGGAGAACGUGGAGAAGGCACUGCACCAACUCUACUACGACCCCAACAUCGAGAACAAGAACUUGGCACAGAAGUGGCUGAUGCAGGCCCAGGUAUCCCCACAGGCCUGGCACUUCAGCUGGCAACUACUACAACCGGACAAAGUACCUGAGAUCCAGUACUUUGGGGCCAGUGCCCUGCACAUCAAGAUCUCUCGCUACUGGAGUGACAUCCCCACUGACCAGUAUGAAAGUCUAAAGGCUCAGCUUUUCACCCAGAUCACUCGUUUUGCCAGUGGUUCUAAGAUUGUGCUGACUCGGCUUUGUGUAGCACUGGCCUCAUUGGCUCUCAGCAUGAUGCCAGAUGCUUGGCCAUGUGCGGUGGCAGAUAUGGUACGACUCUUCCAGGCUGAGAACUCGCCUGUGGACAGCCAGGGCCGCUGCCUGGCCCUGCUAGAACUACUCACAGUACUGCCUGAGGAGUUCCAGACCAGCCGUUUGCCCCAGUAUCGCAAAGGUCUGGUGCGGGCCAGCCUGGCAGUGGAGUGUGGGGCCGUCUUCCCAUUGCUGGAGCAGCUGCUUCAGCAACCCAGCUCACCCAGCUGUGUGCGUCAGAAGGUGCUCAAGUGCUUUUCCAGCUGGGUGCAGCUGGAGGUGCCACUGCAGGACUGUGAGGCGCUCAUUCAGGCUGCUUUUGCUGCUCUGCAGGACUCGGAGCUGUUUGACAGCAGUGUAGAGGCCAUUGUCAAUGCCAUCUCACAGCCUGACGCCCAGAGGUACGUGAACACACUCCUGAAACUCAUCCCACUGGUGCUGGGACUGCAGGGACAACUGCGACAGGCAGUACAGACUGGGGACAUGGAGACCUCCCAUGGCAUCUGUCGCAUUGCUGUGGCCCUAGGCGAGAACCACUCACGGGCCUUGCUGGAUCAAGUGGAGCACUGGCAGAGUUUCCUAGCCCUUGUCAACAUGAUCAUGUUCUGUACAGGCAUCCCUGGCCACUAUCCUGUCAAUGAGACCACCAGUUCCCUGACCCUCACCUUUUGGUACACACUACAGGAUGACAUUCUGUCCUUUGAGGCAGAGAAGCAGGCUGUAUACCAGCAGGUGUACCGGCCCGUCUACUUCCAGCUGGUGGAUGUGCUUCUGCACAAGGCUCAGUUCCCUUCUGAUGAGGAGUAUGGAUUCUGGUCCUCAGAUGAGAAGGAGCAGUUUCGAAUUUACAGGGUGGACAUCUCAGACACGCUCAUGUAUGUCUACGAGAUGCUGGGCGCCGAACUGCUUAGCAACCUCUAUGACAAACUGGGCCGUUUGCUCACCUGCUCAGAGCAGCCCUACUCCUGGCAGCACACAGAGGCCCUAUUGUAUGGCUUCCAGUCCAUCGCAGAAACCAUCGAUGUCAACUAUUCUGAUGUGGUGCCUGGGCUCAUCGGUCUCAUCCCACGGAUCAGCAUCAGCAACGUGCAGCUGGCGGAUACUGUCAUGUUCACCAUUGGAGCUCUGUCUGAAUGGCUGGCUGACCACCCUGUCAUGAUCAACAACGUUCUGCCUCUCGUUCUGCAUGCUCUUGGCAAUCCUGAACUUUCUGUUUCUUCUGUGUCUACACUCAAGAAGAUCUGUCGAGAAUGCAAGUAUGACCUGCCACCUUAUGCUGCCAACAUUGUGGCUGUCUCCCAGGAUGUACUGAUGAAACAGAUCCAUAAGACAAGCCAGUGCAUGUGGCUGAUGCAGGCUCUGGGCUUCCUGCUCUCAGCCCUGCAGGUGGAGGAGAUUCUUAAGAACCUGCAUUCACUCAUCUCACCCUAUAUCCAGCAAUUGGAGAAAUUGGCAGAGGAGAUACCCAAUCCCUCCAACAAGCUGGCCAUUGUUCACAUCCUGGGGCUUCUUUCCAACCUCUUCACUACGUUGGAUAUCAGUCAUCAUGAGGAUGAUCAUGAAGGUCCUGAGCUCCGGAAGCUGCCAGUGCCACAGGGACCCAACCCUGUGGUAGUGGUGCUGCAGCAAGUCUUCCAGCUUAUUCAGAAGGUGCUGAGCAAAUGGCUGAAUGAUGCCCAGGUGGUGGAGGCGGUGUGCGCUAUCUUCGAAAAGUCCGUUAAGACUCUGCUGGAUGAUUUUGCCCCCAUGGUGCCACAGCUGUGUGAGAUGCUGGGUCGGAUGUACAGCACUAUCCCCCAGGCCUCUGCUCUUGAUCUCACUCGACAGCUGGUCCACAUCUUUGCUCAUGAGCCUGCCCACUUUCCCCCAAUCGAGGCCCUCUUCCUGCUCGUCACUUCCGUCACACUCACUCUCUUCCAGCAAGGGCCCAGGGAUCAUCCUGAUAUUGUUGAUUCAUUUAUGCAACUCCUGGCACAGGCCUUGAAGCGGAAGCCAGAUUUGUUCCUGUGUGAACGAUUGGAUGUCAAAGCUGUGUUCCAGUGUGCUGUGCUGGCCCUCAAAUUCCCUGAGGCACCUACUGUCAAGGCCUCCUGUGGCUUCUUUACGGAGCUGCUCCCUCGCUGUGGGGAAGUAGAACCUGUGGGGAAAGUGGUCCAGGAGAAUGGCCGUAUACUGCUUAUAGCAGUGCUGGAGGCCAUUGGGGGCCAGGCCUCUCGAAGUCUCAUGGACUGCUUUGCUGACAUCCUAUUUGCCCUGAACAAACACUGCUUCAGUCUCCUGACCAUGUGGGUCAAGGAGGCACUGCAGCCACCUGGCUUUCCCUCUGCCCGCGUCAGUCCUGAACAGAAGGACACCUUUAGCCAGCAGAUUCUUCGAGAGCGAGUGAACAAGAGACGGGUGAAGGAAAUGGUAAAGGAAUUCACACUGCUGUGCAGGGGGCUACAUGGCACAGAUUAUACAGCUGACUACUGAAGGACACCCCAUUCCACUCAUGCCUCCUCCUCAUCCCUUCAUAUCCCCAAAGAGUAAACUAGAUCUUAACUCA